CCCAGACUGUAGCAGACAUCGCUACAGAUAUCAGAUUAUGCUAGCGUGAGCAAGAACGAGCGGUGUUUACUUUCUUCCGUUCGGUCAUUCGAUCGUUUUAUUAAAUCAUUCGUCAGACAUUUUUUUUUGUGUAUUUUCAAGAUGCUUGUAUUUUGACUUCUACAGCCACAUGUCAAUGCGUACGUUUAAUUCUGGAACGACGUCAGUCAUCAAAUAGUCUACACAACUACAAAACGCUAAACAAUGGCUUCGCAAGGAAAAAUAACAUCACUGAGUGAUUCCAGUUCAGAUGAUGAUAGUUACAGACCUCCUUUGAAAAAACCAAACACACAGUAUUAUAAUAAUACAGGAGAAGUUAACUCAAGAAAGAAACAAAAUGACAGUGAAAUAUGUGAACGUAGCACUGUCAUUGUUAGCCCAUCCAAAAGUAAUGCUGAUGGAGGAUAUGGGUUUAAUGCACCAUCCAGUAGUCAAGAUUCUGAUUCUAGUGAUGAUGAUCAGCCUAUCAUGCCUUCUGUACAUAAAACACUCAUCAAACCUAAAUCUGCUGCUGCUCCAGUCAUAAAUCAUAAAGCCACAGCAAUGAUGGCUAAAAUGGGUUGGGCUAAAGGAACUGGACUUGGUAAGAAAUCCCAAGGUAUGACACAGCCCAUCGAAGUCUCUAAACAACGCGGAAGAAGAGGAUUGGGUUUGCAGAUAAAAGGAUUGGAAGCUGAAGAUGUUGAAUGGGACUCAAGUAGAGAGACUGUUGUAGUGGAAGAAGAGAUUUCAUGGCUUCAUCCAGAUUCCACUCCUGCACCUACUUUGCCAGAGUUAAAAAAUUGGGUAAAAGAGGGAACCAAAAAAUUAACAAUUGAUGAUGAGACAACAUUUUGUAGCAGCGACAUUUUAAAACAAGUUCUUCAGUGCAAAUCGAUAUUUGAUGUGUUGGAAGAAGAAGAACUAAGAAAAGCACGCACCCGCUCUAAUCCAUUUGAAACUAUUCGGGGAGCUUUUUUUCUUAACAGAGCGGCGAUGAAGAUGGCAAAUAUGGAUGCUGUUUUUGAUUUUAUGUUUACUGAUCCUAGAAACGAAGAUGGGACCCCAGUUCUUGGUCCGAACGAAUUACUUUAUUUUGCUGACGUUUGCGCUGGCCCAGGAGGAUUUUCUGAAUACAUACUGUGGCGAAAAAAAUGGGAAGCAAAGGGUUUCGGCUUCACUCUAAAGAGCUCCAACGAUUUCAAGUUGGAAGAUUUCCAUGCCGCCCCUUGCGAAUGUUUUGAACCCCAUUAUGGUGUUGGUGGAGUUGAAGGAAACGGAGAUGUGUAUAAUCCGGAAAACAUCCGUGAAUUCCAACGUUUUGUUAUGGCUCAAACCGGAGAAGGCGUACAUUUCAUGAUGGCCGACGGAGGAUUUUCUGUUGAAGGGCAAGAAAAUCUUCAAGAAAUUUUGUCAAAACGACUUUAUCUUUGCCAAUUCCUUGUUGCUUUGUCUAUAGUUCGAACAGGUGGCCACUUUGUGUGUAAGUUAUUUGAUUUGUUUACACCAUUUAGCGCUGGUUUAGUAUACUUGAUGUAUCGUUCCUUUAAACAAAUUUCCAUCCAUAAACCAAAUACUUCCCGACCGGCCAAUUCGGAAAGAUAUAUAAUUUGCAAGUGGAAAAGAAGCGACACUCAAGAUGUCGAGACUUACCUGUUUGAAAUCAAUCGUCGUCUUGAUAAGCUUAGUAAUUCCAAAACGGAAACGGAUGUCAUGCAUAUUGUACCAUUAGAUUUGAUGACAAACCAUCAUGACUUUUACAAUUAUUUGUUUGAGUCCAACAAUGAUUUGGGUGAAAGACAAGUUGUAAACCUCGCCAAAAUUGCCGCAUUUUGCAAAGAUGUCACACUAAGAGAGGACCGGCAAUCUGAACUUAAGAAACAGUCAUUAGAAUUUUGGAAAAUUCCAGAAAAAACUCGCACAGCCCCAUCCAGGACGACUCCCGUUGACAAAUCGAAAGAGCUCCUCACAAACAAUUCCUGUGUAUUAGACCACAAACUUGAAGAUUUGGACAUGCCAAAGUUUCAAGACGCUGUAAAAUCCGUUCAUGAUUGGAGGUGUGUCGUUCUUGGAUUGGAAAAAGACAAUCCUUUGCAGGCAUUCUUUCUAGGAUUAGGUCGUAACAAUGUGUUUCGUUGGGACGCAACUAAAUGUCGAUGGUUGAAAUUGGUUGAAAACGUAGAGCUUGCGCGUGAUACGUUAAUCUUUGGUGAACUAAUCCAAGAAUUGCGAGGAGAAGGGCGAUCUCAAAAACGUUCGACUGCUCUCCAUGUCAUUGACGCUGUUUUCUUAGGAGGAGUCGAUGUUAGUAAGCUUCACCUGAAAGAUCGGUCUGAAAAAAUUCGACAAUUUUGCAAGGCUUUGAAUAGGGUCAGUCGGACGGAUCUAGUCACUGUCAGAGCGAAAGAAAACUUUAAACUGGAAGAUGUGGAACAAAUUUUUCAUCGGUUAACCCCAAGAAUACUAAAAAAUUCCGGUUGUCAAGAACGUCUAGUCUUCUGUUUAGAGGAUGACGACCAAAGAGCAUUCCUACCAUCUGGAUUGAUGUUGUAUAAAGCUACAAAAAGUCCUUGGAUGUUGGCUCUUAGUAAGAGCUCCGGACGAAAGUAUUGGUUCCAUGUUAUGUCACGAACCUCCGUUUAUGAUUGUCCUCAGGAUUCCGUAGCCAAUUAUUUUGAUUGCCACAAAAGUCGGAUUGCAUGGUGGUGGAAAAAUUGGCUUCAAGGAUCUCGCCAAGGAAGUGAUGAUCAACUGUCUAAAGAUGAAUUUAUUAACCUUAUUCACUCAGUGAGUGGUAAAUAAACUUUCAAUAAGCGCGGAA